GCCAAUCGCGAUAGCAAAAUUCUAUCAGGGUCGGGCCUGAUCGCGAUCUAAAUUGUCCCGCGUGGCAUCAGCAUUAUUGAUUAGCACACGUAUGCAGAUGAGUUUUGGAGCACGUGAUUGCGUUCACACAUUGUGCGUGUAAAGCCCCUUAAACUUCAAGGGGUUUUAUGCGCGUGCGCUCCGCCGGCUGCGGUUGUCGUAUUUGGUUUCGAUUUCGCGGUCUCGAGAGUGCGUAACAUCAUUCGGUAUUGUUGGUAAAAAAAAAAAAAACGUAAUUAACUCAGCUCUUUCACUUCGCCACUUACCGAGGUAAUAAAAUUCGAAACAUGGUAAGGCUAGGCAAGGCAGCGAACUGAGCAGGAGUUUUUUGUCAAAGAUCAACAAGCGCGCGGUACGGAUCGUAGGUGCGGAUGAACACGCGCACUUCCGGUGCGCGUCGCACCUCUUUGACAUCCGGCAAUAUCCGGCAACAGGUUUGAAAACUUGUGCAUUCGCCGGACUUGUCGGUUGGUUGUUGCCAGUUAGGACACAGUGUGCCGAAGCGCUUCCCCGGCACAGUUACUAAACGCUGGCUGUGAUGUCUCCAGACGUGCGUUAACCGACUGGUCCGACGAAGUGACGACGACCGCCGUAGCCGCACCGGAAAGGGAAACGAUCGUGGGGGAUAAAUUGGUGGUGUGAAACAGCGUCGACCGGUUAGGCCUAGCAAGCGCUGCUGCAGCCGCCGGGUCAGUCGACAUGGGUUGUGCUGUGAGUACCGCCGCCGACAAGGAGGCUGCCGAGCGCUCCAAAAAGAUCGACAGGGACCUUCGUGCUGAUGGCGAAAGACAAGCGAGGGAAGUCAAGCUCCUGCUGCUGGGUGCUGGGGAGUCUGGGAAGAGCACCAUCGUUAAACAAAUGAAGAUAAUCCACGAGUCUGGCUACACGGCGGACGAGUGCAAGCUCUACCGGCCCGUAGUUCACAGCAACACUAUCCAGAGCCUGCUGGCCAUCAUCCGCGCCAUGGGGCAGCUCAAGAUCGACUUCAAGGACCCCAGUCGAGCGGAUGAUGCCCGCCAGUUCUUCACGGUGGCAGGAGCGACAUCGUCGCAGGAGUGCGAGAUUACAACCGAGCUGGCCUCUCUGAUGAAGCGCCUCUGGCAGGACCCAGGGGUCCAGCACUGCUUUGCCCGCUCGCGCGAGUACCAGCUCAACGACUCAGCCUCAUACUACCUGAACGCUUUGGACCGCAUCUCAAUGCCAAGCUACACACCAACACAGCAAGAUGUGCUACGAACGCGAGUCAAAACAACGGGCAUCGUUGAGACGCACUUUGUCUUCAAAGAGUUGCACUUCAAGAUGUUUGAUGUGGGUGGCCAGCGGUCUGAACGGAAGAAGUGGAUCCAUUGCUUUGAAGGGGUGACAGCCAUCAUCUUCUGUGUGGCCCUGAGUGGCUAUGACCUUGUACUCGCCGAGGAUGAGGAAAUGAACCGGAUGAUCGAGAGCAUGAAGUUGUUUGACUCCAUCUGCAACAAUAAGUGGUUUGUGGAGACUUCCAUCAUCCUCUUCCUCAACAAGAAAGACCUCUUUGAGGAGAAGAUCAUCCGCUCACCACUCACCAUCUGCUUCCCCGAGUACACAGGCAGCAACACUUACGAAGAAGCGGCCGCCUACAUACAAAUGAAAUUUGAGUCACUGAACAAGCGCCGGGAUACCAAGGAGAUCUACACGCAUUUCACAUGUGCCACUGACACCAACAACAUCCAAUUUGUGUUUGACGCUGUGACAGAUGUCAUCAUCAAGAACAACCUGAAGGACUGUGGUCUCUUUUGAAUGCCUUCUAACUCCACAAAAAGAGCAUCGUGUCAGUGGUGCACCCCGAUGACAGGAGGAGCGAGCCGGCCUAUUGUACCCUUGCCAAAACUGGAUGGUGACCUGCUCUGCACAUCUCAUGCACCAGGUGUUCUCGUCAGGAAAGUGGACUGCCGUUUGGCAGAACAGGUGGGUGGCAAAUGCCGCCAGAGGAGAGACCAGCUAUAGCCAUGGCAGGGUUGCACGCUUGGCACGUAAUUUGAGUCUAGGCCCUGUGCAAUGCUGCCACUUGGCCGAUAUUUGCAUUUAUGUCUUGUGUUCAGUAGUCACAGCCACACAUCUUUCUUCUAGACCAUUCUUCUUUUUCUUGCUUUGAAGCUUGCCAUGCAAAAAAAAAAAAAAUUACAAGACCUGGUUCUCUUGUGGCAAUAUUUCACUGUGGCAUGGCAUUUAUUUUCCUAUUGUUUUGGUUAUUUUUUGUAAGUGGUCGUGCUUUGCCACACUGUUUGUGGUUCUUUUUUUUAGUUGCGAGGAAAAUUGGUUUGCUACCUUCCUAUCUGCAAGUGUGCUGUUAUGACGCACGACGAGGAAGUCCUUUGCUUUGUGCAUUCCUCGUGGUGUGUGAUGACCUGUCCCCUGUAAUGCUGGCAGUCAGUGUCAUACCUGCCAAGAGUUCCAGAUUAGCCGUACAGUAUACAGAUUUCAGCCAUCUUGUGAAAGCUUGUCCCCCAAAUCAGACUUUCAGAUUCUCGUGCACUAAGAGUGCCAUUGGUAUAGCCACGUAUAAGAAAGGGUGCAGCUGCCCAAACUGUCAUUGCUAUCACCAAAUCAUAAUGUGAUUGUACCGCUGCUAUUUCAGCGACAUGGCAAAGAGAAUUUCUGUGUGCCUUGCUGCUGCUGCCAAAGCACACCUCACCAAAUGCAAUGUUGUAGAUAGGUGGCCUGAUUCAGUUUAACUAUUAUAUAACAUUAUAUGAACUUUCUAUCAAGUUGUGUCCAACAUGAAAAUGCCUUCAUUAUAUUCAAUAUUCACUACAAGCAUAUAUUUGUUACAUUCUGAUACCAGCUAGAAAAAGUAUCUAUUUACUUUCAAAUACCUGAUAUAUCGUUAUGUAUGGGUUUGGGUACAUCAAGGUUUGACUGAAUGUGGACUCUGGGAUUGUCGCCACUGCACAAUGUUUGCACUGACGCAUACUGUGUUGACACUGUCGGAGGCCUGCUUUUAAAGGCCUAACUAUGUGUACGUGAUUUUCAAGCGACACGUUCGACCAUUGUAGAUCAUAGUCUGUUGCUAUUGUUUGUCGUGUUGCCAGUUUUUUACCUGCAAGAACAUUUUACUCGCUGUCACCUGGAAGUUCUUACAGUGGCUUCCACUUGUUGCCUUGAUUUCGUAACGACAUGACAAUGCUCGGACUGCUUGCUUCUAUCCACAUUCGUCCUUGCUACUUGCUCUCUAUCGUGACAGCACAAAAUAAAUUGUAAAAUCAUCCUAUGCUUAGUCAAAUUCCAUGCUGAAAACAAGGUAUUGGCUAUCAUUUGAUGUUAUUUUUCAUAUCUCCUGUAUGUUUUGACCUUGCUAGGCCUAAGGUAGCACUGAACAGCGAAAGUACUUUGAUUUCUACCUAGCAGAUAGCAUGACAGCAUUUAACGUUGGUCAUGCAAAACACUUUUCCACUGCAAGAUUACAGUAGAUUUAGCGCACUCACAUUAAAAUAUUGAUUUCACUGGAUGUUUACAAUCUUGUAUGAGUGUAAGAUUGUAUUUAACUGGGCAACAAUGGAAAUUCAUUGUUGCUGCUUUUCAUCCUUGUACUUCGGUGUGCCACCACUCCGUCACUUGAGUAUUGUGUGGCUGUGCUUAGCCCUUUCUAAUUGCUUCCUCUUAAACUGCCGUGCUGGCAUUGAGGCACCUCAUUUCGAGGCGGCUCAGUGCCUUCUGUUCUGUUCUGUAGGGCUCAUUGCUGUUUUAAGACUGGCAGCAGCACAAUUUAAUGAUGACCGUCUAUGUUCUUUCUUACCUGCCUCAUUAUUUGUGAUUGUAAUUGUCACUUAUAGUACACAGGGACGGUUCACUGUGAUAAGGGUCAACUAAAUUAAUCAGGUUGUUCAAAUGAUGAAUGGUAUUGCUUUCUUUUUCCAUGCUUUUGAUUGCCUCUCGCUCGCUGUUCAACUCUAAUUCUGAUGUCUGGAACUUGGCAGGUAUGCAGUGUAUUGUUGUAUUAGAUUGCAAGGACAGUAACUUUCCAUCUGUCUGUUGAACCCUUUGAAACAAACAGUGCCUUUCCUGACUGAGCUUCUUGAGAGGUUGUGCGUGUGUUUGUGUGUGUGUGUGACAAUGUUCUCCACUACUUGCCAGGCAUUGUUUGUGGGCAAAGGCCCUGCUUUAAUUACAUUAGUCAUUUGCACUUGCAAAGUAAUGGUCAAUUUUUACAAAGGGCAGAUGUUGUAACCCAGUUGUUGCUAGCCCACAGGCCUUGUUUUUUUGGCCAUGGUGGGUUUUCCGUAUGCAGUGGGCUUUGGGCACAUUUUUAUCGGGCUAUUCUGACAUCAAACUUUACUGUAAAUUUUGAAGUGUUCAGACUUUUCGUCAUUAACAGUAAGGAAGCAAUUGUUACUUUGUGACUAUACUUGCCAUUUUUCUUGGCACCAAACUUUGGUAACAAGCAUCUCACCUUUGCCACUUUGUGCCCUACGUUGUCUCUGAACACUAUUAUAUAUAAUAUGACAACACCAAUAUAUCAGCCACCCCUUUUGUUAUGCUAUGAAUAGCUGCGUGCCAAACUAUAAUUGCGCUGGCUGUAGUAGUAAAAAAACGGAAGGCAUGUUUUUGUGUCUGCUUAUGGUGUCGUUUCAGCAACAACUUAACCAUAGUGUACAAGAAAGUUUCGCCAUUCAGGUUUUUGAAGGCCAACAUGGCAGUCGCGCUUUCCUUGAAGCGGCGCACAUUUUAAGUUUAAAUGUGUUACCUUUAGCACGAAUUCAGAUAUCAUGCUUUUAUCCAUGUGCGUAGUCCCACAACUUACCAUAACUGGCCAAGCUUUGCAAUCCUAUUUUGAUGGAGUUUGCAAUCUGUUUCAAGUUAUAGCUGUAAUAAAUUGAAUACAGUAGUAGUGGAACCAUCAGCCACGGCAUCAUUUUAUUACUUUUGCCAAAGACAUGCAUUGGAUCUGUCAGGCAUGUUGGUUGCAGGUUUUCAGUGGCACACUUGUGGCAAUCGAGAAGACUGGCGUGGCAUUGGUGUGGUGCUGCCAGCACAUUGCCAAAACAGGGUUUGUAGCAGGGCUUGAAAUCCUUUGAUAUCAAAGUGCCCUAUUCAGGGUCACAAAAACCUUUAAAAAUUUGUGGACAGGAAAAAUAUUUGGGGAAUUUAAUCUUCAGAUGUGUUUUAUUUUAGGUGUCUGAGCAUAACACUGGUGCAGUGUAGCAGUUAAGCCAAGCCAAUUCACUUGAGUAGCUUUGCAGUACAGUCUACUUCUGUUAAUUCGACUUGGACAGAACCCACGAAAUUGAUCGAAUUAUCCGGGGAGUCGAAUUGCCUAAAUGAGAUGCAGAAAGAACACCCAAUUCAUUUGGCAGGGUUUUCUCAAUUCUAACAUGCCCCUAAAUUAAAAGCGCAUCCAUUUUCUAUCAUUCCAAAAUAGAAAAAUGACAUAGAAGUGACAUUAGAUCUAUGAAACAAAGUAGAAAUAUAACGCGUUUGCAAUUUUUUUAGCGAGAAAAAUCUAAAUGUGUCGCACAACAGCAGCUAUUUCCUAAAGUUAGCUUCGCCACAAUACAAUCGUGUUAUGCAACAAAGCAUACGAACACCGCGAAGGCAGUUUUGGUAGUAUGUCGAUUGCAUUGUGUAAACAAUUUGGGGCCCAAUUUUCCGGAAAAAAAAAAAAAGCAAGCCGCAUGUUAGACUUGGAUAAUUACCGUAAUCAUACGUUGAGAGCUAUAGUUAUUUGAAAGUCUUCCUAUGGUAGGCUGGAAGUAGGUAUUUUUGAUGGGAGAGCUGACCUGAGUUCAACGCAUUUGCUGUCCACAUAGUUCCACUGAAAUGCUGCCACUAAAGGGUUCAUGUUAAGGGUUAGCCGCAUGCAUGCUAACCGAUCAAGUUCAAAUUAAUGAAAUUGCGCCCAUAGACGGGUGUCAGCCAGGACCUUCGAGCAGGAUCGAAUUGACCCGAGUCGAAUUAAAGGAAGUGCACUUUAGUUUUCGAGCUGAGCCCUUCUUCAUUUGUGUCCAAUAAAAGAAGUUUGCUUGUUCUUGAAGACAAUGCUUUGUUUUGAAGCUCUAAAACAUAAUGAUGCUUUAGUCCAUAAAUAUGCUUUUUCGGAGGCCUUGAAAAUCUUCAAGAAGUAUUUUUCACAAGAACUGCUAUGAACUGUGUGGAAGAUUCGGUUGCUUUGUGUAUUUCAGGAGGUUGUCAUUUGCUGUUCAGCAUUCCAUCUUUAUGGCUCAACCAGCACAUGUCAGACUAUCAUGCUUCAACAUUCUUCAAACUUUGAUCUUUAACCACCAAGACAAUUGUGCAUCUGAGCAGUGUUUAGCGUUCUGGCUGAGAACAUGCGACUGGACUGUUUAAUCGCCCUCUGUUCCGGCAGGGAUCAUAAGUUUGUUUUCGUGUGCUGCUAUGUGAACCAUAUGGCCUCCAAUGUUGCUCUUCCUGGCAAGCAUGUGCAUUGUAACUGCUAAGGAAGCUGUGUCCUUUAGGCAAGUGAUGAUGAUGGGCAAGGUUUUGCAGUAAAUAUAGGCACAUUGGUAGAGCGUUUUUGAAGCUUGCAUUUUGGCAAAAGUUGGUGGUAGCUGUGUUGCUUUUUGAAAUGUGCUUUACCACUGCUGGAGGCACGUGACGUGUGCCAGGUGGAGCAAGUGUAGAGCUUUGUGUGUACGAUUGCAUUAUGUGUUAAACCACACGUUGCUUGUGCAGGAGUACGCUGUGGCCACAGGCUUAGCGGCCUGAAGUUGCGUAAUAGCUUUUGAUAGGCAGCAAUGAGCGACUGCAUUGGAUUCAAUUUUGCAGCAACAAAAGCAAUGUCGUUCCUUUGUUCGUUUCAUUUCUUUAAAUGCAAAUCGGUCCUUGUAAAAGUAUCCCUCCUGAACACCAUAUAUUAUUGGUUGACAUCAGAGAGGAACAGAAUGAUCUGCCUGCAUUGCCAUAAGGUUUUCCAAGGUCUGUGCUUUGUGUCUUGCUGCACCACUGUGGCUUCAGAAAUUUUUUUUCUAGCGCUAACUCACUGUGGGUCUCUAAUGUGUAUAUAUUAAGUGUCUGUUGUGUAGAAUUUCAUGUUAGUGUGACUUGUGGCCCCAUCUUCCUUCUCUUAGUGUGGCUUAGCUUUUGGUCAGUUCAGCUGUUCACUGUUUGUUAGCUUGCCAUAGGUAUUUAUGGAAACAGGUCACCUUAUAUACCUUAGUGUGCUCCCAAAUUGAUUGCCUUGCGAGUGUGAACUACGUUUGUGGGCAUGGCUGUGCAUUUUUCGAGCUGAAGAUGUCCUAGUCUUUUCAACCCUGCUGUGUUUUGCAAGCAAAGUACACUGUAGGUAAUCUUGUAUCGAGCUGAAUUGACGUUGAACUUGCAAGAGUCGUUACCCAAGUUGUGUGUUUAUCCUUGUCCCCCCACACACAUGCUCUCCAGGCCGGCCUCUCCACCUUUCUCUUCAUUAAAAUUUACUCCUCCUUCUCCCACAGAACUUGUUGCAGCACUGCAGCAGCACAUAACAGCAGAGUUGAGGGGGCUUGGCCAAAACCAAACUCAGUUUCGUACCGAGCAGGUAAUGCUGUGGAGACUUCCCUAGUUGCUUGCAUUUUGUGACCGAAAAUAGUGUGCCACACAUAUAUAUGUAUGGGUGUGCAUUGUCAUUUGAUUUAACAUUGACUACGACACUUUAAUGUUGCAAAACAUCACUUUAUUGCUUGGAAGGUGUCGCAGAUGUGAACCUGCUAGUGGAGUGAUGUUUCUGUGACCAGCGGCUGCAGCUCGCGCCCGUGACGGAAGCAUAGCCCAUUGCUUGCUUGAAGCACAAAGGUGUACAAAUAUGUGAUUGGACAUAACCUUACAUCCACAAGUUGUUGUAAUAUGCAAAAUAGAUUUGAAAGCGUUGCAAAUCAAAAGUAACCGCUCUGCGAAACGGGCACCAGCACACCUCCUGCAGCAUUGCCUGUCACUUGGCAGGCAACUCUGCUGGUUGUAGUUCCUGCUUCUCCAGCCAGCUUCAGUGAGCAUUCCUUGGGAGUGCAAAGCUUUGCUGCUUCCUCAUCUUGUCACAUCGCUCCCUGUGAGUAUGUUCCGCUCUGGGCUUUCACGCAUGCCGAUUUGCCAUUUUCAUUGCAUUGUUUCAUGUUCAGCCUUGUUUUCACAUGCUGGCUGUCCCAACUAAAUGUCGCCAAAAAUGAAAAUAUAACCGAGGACCUUAGGUAAACGGUGCCCACUGUAUGUUUAUGGCCGUUGUUUAGGCUAGUCGGGUAUUUUUUGUGUGCAGAUAAUUAGUUUCUUUAAUUAGCUAAGUUUUAAUUAAUGUAGCUUAUUUGUAAAGUGUAAUAAAAAUGUUCAUUUCAGUGAAAACAGUGCUCUGAAAUGUGAGCAUCAUUGUCUAGUAUGCUGUGCAUCUUACAUAUGCUCGAAGCAAGGGCUUCACAUUUGAUAACCAAGGAUGCAUGCUGAAGAUUGCUGAUGCAUCUGGGAAAGAGCAUGGCUGCUCAUUCCCAGUGUCAUAAGCUAGGCCCAUAUUCGACAAGGUUUACAUUUGAGACCAUUGCAAACCAUAGCAUGUGGACAUGUCGCAUGGUAUUUUUAUGAAUAUGUAUUGUGGUCUUUCUGUUUUUCGUUUGGGAAAAAGACCACAUAUGAUCUUGAUUGCUUAAACCCUGUUAUUGCUGAUUUUUUAACGUCUGCAUUAUCAAGUUUGAUGAUUAGUUAGAUAAGCAAACUUAAAAACUUAUUAACCUUAUUUGACAAUUACUUGUGCAGAGCAGGAAAAAAAAUAUAACUAAAAUGAGUGAUGCCCAUCACAUACAGUGAGUGCUGUUAGUAUGAAGCCCUCUGUUCUUAAUACUGUGAAAAAUUUAGUUUGCACAGCCAAUAUGGCUGCAACGCUGCUUUACAUUCAAAAUUCAUGUGAAAACAAGCUCCUGCCAUGUUAAACUGCCGAGUUUUCUGCAGCAGUUGAGAGGGUUGUAAACAUGGGGGUAUUCUAGUGAUUAUGCAAUUUGUACAGUAAAGGUCACUGCAUGCUUUGCCAAUGAACAUAGCUUUGUACAGCAAGACUUGCUAAAGAACCAAUGAGCAAACUUGGAAUGGCCUUUGCCAUCUGCACAUUCAUGUGUCAUAGACUUAUUUAGGCACGUUAUCACCCUUGUGAUGCCAUGCAACACUUAAAUGCAGCUUCGUGUCACCUGAACUAGCAUUGGCAGGGCCGCCUUGCACCGAGUCAGUCCGUUCUGUAGGUCACUGACUUUUUUUUCUGGUGUGUCUACCAGAUAAUGCUAUCACUUCUCAUUUACCAAGUCCUGCAUGCCUAUGUUGGUUGGCUCUGUGUGGCUUCAAGUUAUUCUUGUGACAUUUCUCGUCAUCUCAGGCAUGUGUUGUCCCGUGUUUAAGGCCUGUUGGAUAUUUUUUCUCGUCAUUCACUGCCAGCAGCAGAAGCCGUACAUGGGCGUGGUCCACACUGUGUGAUUUCCUUUCCUUGAUUUCUUUCCUCUGUGGUCGCCAGUUUGGUAUUUCUGGUCCCUCGUCAUAUUUAGUGACGAUAGUUUUUCUGUUUAAUGACACGAGUUACAAAUGUGCUGUCUUGCUCUGUCAUAUUUUUGUUAUUGCCAGCACUCCUGCUGAUGCAUGUCGUAAGCAGUCUUGCUUCCAUUGAAUACUUCACUUUUUGCCUUGGUGGAGGCACUGUAACACGCUCACUUUCCUUAUGUACAACCGUGAUACUGCAACAUUCAGUCACAUCAGCCCUUUCUUGCUGAUGGCGUGGCCUGUAUGAUAGCAUCCUUCCCACUUCGUAGCUGAAUUUAAAACAGGACUGCCGUACCAGUUUUGGCAUUUUGCGGACUGCGUUUUUAUCAUACCAACUUGACUCCCUUCCCUCAACUAUUAUACAACUUCUUGUGGCAUGUGCCAUUGGUAGCAGUUCCAGACUGCUUUUUUUAAAUGGUAUAUUUGGCGCAUAGUUUUAAAACCUCUACAAUUAAUCAUUGCUCAUUAUUUUCAUAUUGAAAACUUGUAAAAAAAAAUUAUGGUGGUUUUAAUGCUAGGCCAUGUGUGCAUGCACAUUUUGCAUGGAAGAUUUGCUACAGCUGUGUAGAGAGGUAGUGGUGGUUCAGCCAUAGCCUUUUAUUCAGCUGUGGCAUGUCUUUGCUGUUAUCAGCCCAGUUAAUAGGGAAAGACCCAAUCAAGUUUUAUAUGUUUGAAAGCCAGACGGGCUGCCUGGUCUGCUGCUGCUCAAAAGUUAACGGCUGAUUCACUUCAAUCUUGGGGUGUGCCUGCAUUAUGCAAUUUUCCUAGUCUGGAAAGGUGCACUUCAUUACCUGCAUUGGUCUGCUCUCAAACAUGACUUCAGCUAGCCACGAUAGCGACAGCUUAAUGUAAAGGUUGCUUUCAGUUUUUGCUUCUGCCUACUACAGCUGGCAUGUCAUGGCUACCUUAUGCUGACUCGCCGCUUCUGCUAGGCUCUUCCACCCACCAGUGUAUGUGCUUUUGUGAAGAGGCACCUUUGCUUUCCUGUUUGUUGCAUUUCCUAAUGUUUCUCUUUCUUUUUUUUCUCUCUCUCUCUUUCUCUCUCCUGUGCUCAAGACCCUUGGGAAUCUUUGGGCCAUCUUGUUCACAGUGCAUGUUUAUGGAACUGUCUCAAGAGUUGUCACAUGACGAGCUCAGUUGAAGUUGCUCUGUAUAAAGAAAGGGACGUUAUUAUAAUGACACCUUUGUAUAUGUGUAAACAAUUGUAAUUCACAAGUCUGCUAUGAAAUGAAACUGUUGUUCUUGUACAA